ACAGGUUCGGGUCGGGUGCAGCUACAUACCGAGAGUCUUCCGUGGAAGUUGGCAGAAAAAGUGUGCUUGAAGGAAAAUUUCCAACUGGGAUAAAUGGUUGCGGGUGGAAUUGGUUGAAAACGAAUGGUCGCUUCGCUCGCUCGGAAAUUACUGUCCGAUUAGUGCCGUUUGUGAUUUCCCACAGAGAGUGAUACAUCAUAGAGAGAUUGGAAUUUAAAUUGCAAAAUGGAUUCCAGCAGAAUCCAUAGGGUGCCGAUGUAGGCGAAGUAAUUGUGUAAUAGGCUGGUUGCAUUUAGGGAAUAAGAGGGCGCUGGGCGAGUGAGGGUUCUCUUCCAGUGAAGUGUGAAUAUUGGCCGGACAAGCCACCGAACCGUCCUCAAGCGCAAGAAUAGGCGAAAAUUUUAAUAUCACCGAACCCAACCCCGAACGUGAGGUAGCAUUUUUCAAACCAAUUCCUUCGAAGAAGGGCGGUGAAUGUAGCCAACCGACGAAAAAUGCGUGCCUAUUUCACGCCUGGAGGAAAGUGAAAAAUCACAGUGGAAAAUAUUGAUGGUUUCUGGUGAAGAGAGGACGACGAAGCGACAGUAGGUGAUGCCCACGAACAGCAUAAAUGCAACAUAUGGAAGGGAAAAUAGAUCACCAAUAUCAGCAGCAACAUCAUCAACUUCAGUGGGUGGCAGGCGAAGCGAACGAGGAAGAAACGUCGUCGCAGCAGACGAGUGGUGAAGGAAGUUCCCAUUGCCGAUAGAGCAAAGGUUAUGGUGCGGGAAAAUUAAAGCUGCUGAGUGUUAAUUACGGAAAUUGUUACGAAUCAUCGCCCGGAGGAAAGAGCUGCCAAGAAUUCCUCGGGCACAACCUAAGAAGUACACGACACGAUGAUGAUGAUGGACAUCCUUCGCUGGCUGCCGGGGGCCUGCGGUAGCCUUGGACCGGCCCUAAUUCCCCCAGCACACAUCGCCGUCCUGUGGUACUUUUGGCAAAACUACUCCCGCUACGUGGACAAGCGGUUCUGCUCCUGUUCCUGCUGGGAUACGGUGUUUAAAGGAACGUACGAAUCCGGAAUCGCCUCCUACAAGCACAUGUACUUCAACGCCACCCAGAACACGAUGAAGAUGUGGCUGCUGAUCGUGGUCGGCGUGAUCGCCCUGUACGAGUGUACCAAAUACCUAACGCAGCUGCUGCUGCAGAACCGGGUCCGCUACACGAUGAUCGUGCUGUUCAUGCUGUCGAUCUUCUCGCAUUACUAUGCCUGGUGGGCAUAUCUCAAUUACUACAACGACGAGUACUACAACCAGUGGAAUCACCAGUUGUUUUUUACGAUUACGGAACUCAUAUCAACCAGCGUCGUGUUACAUCUAGCCAAUGUGGAAAACGUGGUGACAUCACGGAAAACGCUGGCCAUCGUGGGCAUCGCUAUCCUGCACAUCCUAGCCAGCGGGGUGGAUCAGUUCAUAUCAAAUGUGUUUCGGGGCGAAGGAUAUCCCCAUCAGGUCGUCCGCGACUUGGGCUUCAUGAUCCCGGAUGUGAUGCAUCUGAUGCUUCCGCUGUGGCUGCUGCGGCAAACGCGCAAGGAAAGCUUCAGCACGCGACCUUUCUACCGGGACCGGAACCUACGGAGGGAUGUGGUCCUCAUGUUCUUCAUGGUAGCAGUAUUAUUCACCAUUUGCUCGUUCCUGUGAGCGCGGUUCCCGAACUAGAAGUAAAGGAACCGCACCGUUUUCCCGAAUAGUGAGCAAAUCCUGAAUUCUUCCAAUGUUGUGUAAAUUACAGAAGUUAAGACGUGAGAGCAAUUUGUGUGAAAAAAAAAUCCUACAUGCUCAAAACAAUACAAAAAACAUCACUGGUACAACGCAUCGUUUUUAACCGACGACGAAAGCACACCAAACACCAGACGUCUCCAUAUUUGGCUUCAACGCAAGACUGUUAAGUAUUAGUGAAUUGCUUUUUGGUUAUGUUCCAUUCGAGUUAGGAUUAUUAUUUAUCAAAUAAGUAGAAUUUAACGAAGACAAAGAACUUACUCUAUGCUGUGUGAUUGGCUUUGUGAAGGUUUUAAUGAAGUUUUAACUUCUCAAAAUCUUCAACAAAGCCACAACAGGCCUUUGUAAAAAAAAUUACUUAUCAAUAAUAUCGUGUGGCACCUUCACACUUCAAAACCAAGUCAUCAUGUUCUCAAAAGUCUACCAUUUCCGCUUCCAGUCAUAGAUUAGUGUUUUAAGCCUUAGGCCGACUUAGAAAACAAAACCAAACAUCUGUAGUGGCAAACACAUAUCUUUGAAUUCUACUUAUCAGUGAGCCACAUAGUCCACACUUGGAAAUGAAUAUUUUUUUAAGAACAAUGAUCAACCGAACUGUCAGCAACUGCAGCUUUGCUCUUUUGCCAUUUUUAAACUAGAAAAAAAAACAAACAACAAAAAAUCAAACACAAUUAUCAGCGAGGACAAGAUGCAGCUACUUAUUCUGGCUCCUCUCCCUCGUCCCCAUAUCAUCAGCCUCGAGAGACUAAGUUUUUUAAGUAACACUUUAGCAACGAAUCACUAUCGUCGUGAGCAAUCGAAAUCGAAACCGGAUCCGUUGCAUCCAUCAGAUGCAUAAUAAUUGGACAUUUUUCAGCGGUUUUUUAACCUUCACUCUAGCAGAAACGUACUUUUAAAACCGUAGAAUCUAACCUUCUUCCCGUUGCAGUAGCAUCUUUUUCGAAAGCGAUAGCAAAAACCAAACAGACUAAACCUACACACAUCUAGAAGAGUAGACAAUAAAGAAAAGCUAAAUGUAAUGGAAAUAUCCGAAGAAAAAAUAACGAAAGUAGUAAAUUAGAUGCAGACAAAGAGUAAGAGUAAAUCAUAAAGCGAGUGAAAAUUAUAGCAUGUAAACGGAAAAUGUAAACAGAACAAAGAAAAAUGCAGUUCCGGAGCGGAACGUUUCGUCAAACGAAUUGACUUAUUAUCUAUAAUUGUAUGUUGAUAGGUUUUAGAAACGUUGUUGAUCCUUCCCCAUUUAUCCUCCAAAAAGCGUAAAAAGAGAAAACAGAAAGUGAUGUGUCAUAGAGGUUUUAAAAAAUCAGAUACAGAUGGAGACUAGUAGAGAAUUGAAACAAAGAUUAGGAUUAAGCGGGCGGCUAUAAUCUGUGUAGACGAAAUAAUCAUCAACAGGUGAACCAUUAGGUGUAACUAAAUACAAGUAAGAGGAUGGAAGCCAAGUUAAACGAUACCCACCAUUAUACGAUUCUAAGUUUUGCCUUCGUGUUUAAUUUUCUCUAUUAUUUUUGUUGAAUGACAGACAAGUAUGGAUUGAUAUAGAAUAAAUAUGAACUGAGUAUAUUAAA